UUGUCCUGAUGGCCGAGUUUCGGGCUGUCACGGGGGAUGGCGAUCGACACCCAAACCGCGCCCGCUGCGACCGAUCCGCAAGCCAUCCCCCGAUCUCGGUCCGCUGAAAUUUCGCACGUCCUGCGUACCGGGCCUUGGCUGUUGUCCAUCCAUCCCCACGUCUCUAUCUGCCCCCAAAUGAGUGUCCAGACCCGACGAGUCGUCGUCACCGGGCUCGGGCUAGUGACGCCCCUGGCGACAGGAGUCGCCCAAACUUGGUCCAGACUGAUCGCCGGCGGGAGCGGCAUUGUGUCGCUGGCAGACCAUCCCAACCGCCAGUAUCAGGCGAUACCCUCGAAAGUAGCAGCCUUGGUCAAGCACGGAUCUGGCGAGGGUGAAUUCGAUCUGUCCAAAUGGAUCGACAAGGGGAACGAAAAGCGCAUGUCGCCAUUCAUCCAGUAUGCUAUGUGUGCCGCCAAGCAGGCUAUCGAAGACUCGGGCUGGAAGCCGGUAGCCGAGGAGGAUCGCCAUCGAACGGGAAUCUGCGUCGGAUCGGGCAUUGGGUGCAUCGACGAAGUGGCCGAAACAUCCGCAAGCUUCGAGAGUCAGGGCCUUCGCAAGAUCAGCCCGUACUUUGUCCCCAAGAUCCUGGUGAAUCUGGCGGCUGGACAUCUCAGCAUGAAGUAUGGAUUCCAGGGUCCCAACCACAGCGCCUCGACGGCCUGCGCAACCGGGGCACAUUCGAUUGGCGAUGCGAUGCGAUUUAUUCAAUACGGCGACGCGGACGUCAUGAUAGCCGGAGGAACCGAGUCGAGCGUCUCGCCCCUCUCGAUGGCCGGCUUUGCGAGGGCUCGGUCCCUGUCAUGCAACUUCAACGACCGACCCACAGAAGCCUCGCGGCCAUUCGAUAAGGACCGCGACGGAUUUGUCAUCGGCGAGGGGGCAGGCAUCGUCGUCCUCGAGGAGCUCGAGCAUGCCCUCGCGCGAGGCGCUCCUAUCUAUGCCGAGGUUUGUGGCUACGGACUGUCGGGUGAUGCUCAUCAUAUGACGGCUCCGCCGGACGACGGCAACGGAGCGGCCCGGGCGAUGAAGCGUGCGCUGGCGACAGGCAAUAUCCAGCCCGACGAUGUCGGUUACAUCAACGCCCAUGCGACCAGCACGGAGCUGGGCGACCUGGCAGAGACCCGGGCAAUCAAGUCGGUGUUCUGCAACGGACAGGACACGCGCAGCGGCCUCUGCGUUUCGUCGACAAAGGGCUCGAUCGGCCACCUGCUCGGUGCGGCGGGGGCGGUCGAGGCCAUCUUUACGAUCCUGAGUCUGAAGCAUCGCAUUGUCCCGCCGACCCUGAAUCUCCACAGGGUCGAUGCCGAGUUCACGCUGGACUAUGUGCCGCUCAAGAGCCGCGAGCUGCCAGAGCUGCGCUAUGCGCUGUCCAACAGCUUUGGCUUUGGCGGCACCAACUGCAGCUUGCUCUUCGGGCGCUGGACAGGGCGCUGAUCCCGAACGAAUGCCGGCCGCCGGAAGAGGAGCCGUGGGCGAGCCGGGGCUGUGUGGUGUGACUGUGCAGUGGAGCUGUGUGGUGGAGCUGUGUAGUGGAGCUGUGUGGUGGAGCUGUGCACUCGGACUGUGCGUUGUGACUGUUCACUCGGACUGUGUGGCUUCUGGCAGCACGGACCCACUGCGCUGUGUGACUGUGAGCAGUGCUCGGUUGGUGCAGCCGAAAUAUACGCCUUGUGCAGCGCUC